CAUUUUAUAUAUUAAAAAACCCAUUAUAAAUUUAAAAACACUCUACAUACAUUUUAACAUGGAGCAUGCUCGAACUUGCGCCUCCUCCGCAAUGGACAAGGUUACAAACCAGUUGAUCCACCGCACCUAUUUUGUCAAAGUACUACACAACAUUAUAUUUAUUCAUUUGGAUUGAGCCGGCGGUUUGAACGGUUGAACCGGUUAAACCGGUUAAACCGGGAACCGGAGGCCAAAACGGUUUGACCUCCGGUUCGGUUUUUAAAACUUUUUGUACCUGAUGUUUGUACGUUUAAUUCUUUGAUAAAAGGUCUGUGCUUGACAAGAAACCAUGGCAGCGCUAUGGAAUUGUUUGAGGAGAUGAAGAACAAAGAAUGCCAGCCUGAUGAAUAUACUUACAAUAUGUUGAUUGACAUUCUGUGUUCUAGAGGGAAAAUGGAAGAGGCCUUAAGCUUGCUCCAAGAAAUGGAAUUGAGUGGGUGUGCUAGGAAUGUUGUCACGUACAAUACUUUGAUUGAUGGAUUUAUUAAAAACAAGGGGAUUGAAGAAGCAGAGGAGAUCUUUGAUGAAAUGGAGCUUCAAGGAGUUUCAAGAAAUUCAGUGACCUAUAACACCCUUAUUGAUGGUCUUUGCAAGAGCAAAAAGGGUAGAGGAUGCUGCACAGCUAAUGGACCAGAUGUUAAUGGAAGGGCAGCAGAUGUUGUGCAGACUAUGACUUCCAAUCGGUGCGAGCCUGAUAUUGUUACGUAUGGAACCCUGAUUGGGGGACUUUGUAAGGCAGCACUAUUUAGAUGGAGAAGAACUAAUGAAGCCAUGAGACUUUUCAGAGAAAUGAUGGAGAAGGGUGAUCCACCAGAUGCUGUCACAUAUAAGAUUGUUUUCUGUGGGCUCUGCAGUGGAGGUAGACCAAUACAAGAAGCUGUUAAAUUUGUGGUUGAGAUGGUUGAGAAAGGAUUUUUACCGGAAUUCUCAUCAUUCUAUAUGCUAGCUGAAGGACUAUGUGCUUUAUAUAUGGAAGACACCUUGGUAAAACUUGUUGAUAUGAUAAUGAAGAAAGCAAACUGCUCGGACAGCAAGGUUUCCAUGAUAAGAGGCUUUCUUAAAAUUCACAAGUUUGAAGAUGCAUUGACCACCCUUGGCAGCAUUUUGGACGGCUGAAAACCCAAUAAAACUUUCUGGUCAAGAUGAAACCACACUCCCCUUGUUGUUUGCUUUUGCCUAUACAGAUUCGUCAUUUGUUACUCACCAAAUGCCAGUGCACUUGGUAAUCCCUUAACGGUGCGGUGUUAUUCUGCUUACUGCAGAAAUUUUGGACAAUGGAAAGUUCCCUGCUGUUGUACUCGAAACUCAUCAACAUAUAUGCAACAAUAAUGGUUUCCUUUCCUAUCUUGAAGCAACAUAUUUCAUCUUCUACCUUUACUCCCUCUUCUUCACUAUUCUUAUAAAUCAGUAAGUCGAGUAAUUUAUGUAAAGAAUACUUCUGGUCCUUCUGGAUUGUAGUCUUGCAUGUAGCCAAUAUGAUCAAUCAUGAACUAAUGUUUUUCCCAGGCCAGAUUCUGAGGAUUUUGUUCCUUAAUAUGAGUAAUGCGUGCUUGCUGCUCCAGAUUCUUGGUUCUGCUGACUCAAAAUUCCACUACCAUCCAAGGUUGAUGAUUAUCAGUUGAAUGUAAUCAUGCAAAAGCUCCAAAGAAAUAAAUAAAAAUUUCAAAUUAUG